GUGGCCUCGUUUUUCUGUAGCGUUUCCUGAUUCUUGAGACGGCUACCGGGCUACGGUGGCGUUGCCGAGCGUUGUUUUCUGUUUCUGUUGUUUUCAAUUUCUCCCUCCUGGAGAGAGCCCGCACGCCACCCUCCACACCUCGCGACGGCCCUGCGGCGAAGUGAUUGUUUUUCUUCCUGCCCGACGGUCUUUAAUGCCGACCGAACCUGUUGUAUUGCAGACCCUGAUAUUGCGUGAUUUGCAUAUCCUGUUUGGGAGGUCGAUAGCCUGUGGCUAACACCCUGGAAUUUGAGAGAUCGAGAUCGGUCUUCUUGGAUCCUGCGCGAUUUUCGCUUGUGUGGUGAAUUUGGUUUUGAUAUACCCAGUCUGCAACUAGGCUGACCAUCAGUCGGUAACAAGAAUUUUUCCGGUCUAUUUUUUGAAACACCGGGAUCCGUUUCCGUUUAUGCGCUUUUUCCUGGAUUCCCGGAACAGCGUAAUUUGUCAGUGCUAGUAUUAUUUUGAAUCACCAACGGAUUUAUUGCAAGACCGGGAAAAAUGUUACGCGCUUUUUGCGAUCUAGUUUCUAAUUGGCUGAUGUAUGCUGAUUCCGCAUCCGAUCCAGUUCUAGAACCUGAACAUCGUGGUUUUCGUCCUGACUGCGUACUUGAUAGAAAGGUGCUAGGGGGCGUCCAGUCUAAGCCAGUCAAGCAUAAUUCCGUUUACUCCAGCAAUCAAGACGACUAUCGCCAUAACACCAGGUUUGCGUUUACCACAACGGAGGAUCACUAUGCCCGCGUGGUGCAGGUUGAAGAGCGUAUGAACGGAAACAGCGCACCGGAGGUUAUCGUGCAGGUCGAGAAACACGGUCAGACCAUACCUGUUCUGCUGCCGGAGAACUUCCUCAUCGCACCACAGAAAGGUGAUCACUGGUUGCUGUCGGCUGGCGGUGUUUUGCGGGAGGAUAACGUCCUUGUGCCGAAAAGUGUGCAGUAUGCGCGGACAAAGAAUGACGCUAUCCUGCGGAUUAUCGGCGACCACCUCACCCUCAGUAAGCAGUCGUUCAUCCUCUUCGAGCAGAGUGUGUGCAUGGCGGCGGAGGCCAUACCGGAUGGAUUUUCUAAGCACCCUGGCGUCAUGUAUAAAAUCGACGCUGUCGAAAGCCGACAACCGCGUGGAUGUUCCUGGCGCGCUUGGCGUAUCGAGAUGGUCACCCCUGAAGAAAGGGCCGCUUUGCGAGAUAUGUUGGUGGACGAAGAAAUUGAUUUUGGCGAAAUUGCAUUUGGAACUUCCGUAACUAAGACGGUCACGAUCAGCAACAAAGACGGUGCGGCACAUCGUUUGACGAAAAUAGCACUGUACGGCUGUCACAUCUGUCGUGUGCAUCCCAUUUCCAUCUCCGAGCCGUAUUUCUCCGUUGGGGCGCCGCACUUUCUUUACGACGCUAUCCACUUCCAUCCCUUCCGCAAAUUCGAUUUUCUAUUGCCUGUCAACGCUACGGCUCAUGUGAACGUGAAGAUGGCAGGGACAGAGCCAGGACAAUGGAAAUUCGCCUUGAAAUUUUUCUUUGAGGACAGAAAGAUGCGUAGCUGCUUGUUUUCCGCUAACGUGCUGCAGUCCGAUGGAAGCGUGGUUGACCAGGUGCGAGCAGAUCCGGAGUGGCGCCUUUCGCAAGACAGAAUUCGUCGGCAGGUGGCGAAAGAGGCGGCCAUUCGAGUGCGAGAGGCGGAUUACGAGAAACCGAAGAAAAAGUAUAAUUGCAAGCAAAAAAGAGACGGAGGCGCUGUCCAUGACUUCCGAAAUCAUUACGAUAUUCCAUGUGAGCUGAUGGAUUCUUUGAGCGCUUUGCCAGAAGUCGAUGCCCUGCAAGAACAGUUUCCGGUUCUGAAAGAGCCGCUGAAUUAUGAUAACUAUGCCGACAAGCUGCACUUGCUUCUCCAUUUGGAGGAAUUUGCGGAAGAAUUGGGUGUUCAUGAGCGAUUCGAUAAAGUUUCCGAUGAACUGGAGCAGGUGGAUGGCACAAUAUUCAAAUUGGGUUUACUCGACCUGUCGGAAGGACGACCUUCUUUGAUGUCGGGUGACCACGUUUUCGCCAAAACCAUUGAUAAAAUGAAACAACUUGCUCAUUCCGCGGACGUAUUGAAGAGGUGCAACUGGACGCAGUUUUAAUUAAAUUUGAUGUGCCAUUUUCGAACUUUUUCGAGCGUAAAAGACUUCUGGACUUCUCUUUUGGCAUUAACCGCUCGGUCUACCGUCGAUUGCAU